UCAAGUUGAACUAACAGUGAAUCUUCUGUUGUCAGAUCACUGUCAGGAAUCGGAUGCUGAGCUUCAUGCAACAGGUGCCAUGUUGCCUCAGAAGAGGGGAAGAACACCUUCCAGCAUAGCCGUGAACUGCUGUUGGAGAGUCCUGGUGACUUGCUUACUAUUUCUUCCAAGUGCUUUCUCUCUGCAGCCAGACCAUCCCAAGGUGUUGCUGGUAUCUUUUGAUGGAUUUCGAUGGGAUUACAUCUAUAAAGUCUCAACUCCCAAUUUUCAUUAUGCCAUGGAGAAUGGUGUUCACGUUAAACAGGUCACUAACGUGUUCAUAACGAAAACGUAUCCUAAUCACUAUACAAUGGUGACAGGUCUCUAUGCAGAAAGCCACGGUAUAGUUGCUAAUGAGAUGUAUGACCCUAUUCUGAAUGAAACUUUCUCUGUGAACAACAUGGAUAGCUCCAUUCGGGAAGGUGGGAUCUAUAAUUCCAAGUUCUGGGAAGAAGCCAGCCCGAUAUGGGUAACAAACCAGAUGGAAGGACAUAAAACUGGAGCAGCUAUGUGGCCUGGAACGGAUGUGAAAAUACAUGGAGUCUUUCCGACCUAUUACAUGCCCUACAAUGAAUCUGUUUCAUUUGAAGACAGAGUUGCUAGGCUUAUCGGCUGGUUUAAAUUGGAAGAACCCAUAAAUUUUGGUCUGCUCUACUGGGAACAGCCUGAUGAGAUGAGCCAUGUUCUGGGCCCAGAAAAUCCACUUAUGGGACCGAUAAUUAGUGAUAUUGACAAGAAGCUGGGAUACCUGAUGUUUGAACUGAAGAAAGCGAAGCUGUGGAAUGUGGUAAAUGUCAUAAUCACGAGUGACCAUGGGAUGUCACAGUCAUCCUCAGAGCGGCUCAUCGAGCUUGAUCAGUAUGUGAACAGAGAGCUCUAUCGAGUCAUUGACCACUCUCCUGCAGUAGCUAUUUUGCCAAAAGAAGGCAAACUGGAUGAAGUAUAUGAAGCUCUGGCCAGUGCUCAUCCCAGCAUGACUGUUUAUAAAAAGGAGCAGAUUCCAGAUAGAUUCCACUACAAACACAACCAUAAAAUUCAGCCAAUCUUAGCUGUGGCCGAUAAAGGAUGGGAAAUUGUAUUCAAUAAGUCCGAUGGUUUUCAAUUUGGUAAUCACGGAUAUGACAACAACUUACAAGAAAUGCACCCAGUUUUUUUGGCAGUCGGGCCUGCUUUCAGAAAGAAUGUCACCAGAGAAGCCAUGAAUUCUACAGAUUUGUACCCCUUGUUGUGCCAUCUCCUCAGUAUUACCCCCCUGCCAAACAAUGGUUCAUUCAACAAUGUGAAAUAUAUUCUUGCUGAAAAGGUUCCUGUACUCUCGGGAGCAGACGUCUAUGCUACUGUUGUCGGAGUCUUUCUAGGCAGCUUUCUUGUUAUGAUUUUUUUUGCACUUUUUGUUAAGCAUUUAAUCCUCAUCCAAGCAAGUACCGUGCAAAUGCAACGUACUGAAGCUGCCCGGCCACUCUUACAAUAUUCAUAAUGCUUGCCAGUGGAGGCACGGUGAAGUUUUAGAGUAACGCUUGGUACUGUUUCUUGCUUGAUGCUUAAAAUAAGCUUGUACAAAUAAAAACUAAUAGAAGAGGUUCAGCAUAAACAUGCAGAGUAAAAGAAAACAGAUGCUGAUCCAUUGGUACACUGAAGUACAUACUAGGUACACACAGAAAGAGUGUGUUUCUGUUUCACUUUAUAAGCACUUAAUCUUUUGGAGGUACAGCUGGGAAGCUGUAUAUGUAGGUAGACUUGUAGGAACGAGAUGUUGAGUACCUCAUUCUGAGCUGCUUUUAGGGAAAUAACAUCAACUGAAGUGCAUUUCAGGCUCUUUUGUGCUGAUUUAGUUAAUAUAUAUAUAUUAAUCUCUUAGGUUCUAUCAAGUCACUGAAUGUGACGAGGUGGUAUUGCCUUUAGCAAUCAGCUUUAAACUACUUGAUUUUUUUUUUUUUAAGGUAAAUGUAGAUCUUUACUAUUUCCACUGUCUCCUGUACACUGGACUAUAUUUUCUAGGCGUUCCUAGGAGGCUGGCAGUUUAAAUACACCAUACAAGCACAAAAGAUGUAUAUCCAAACGGGGUCUUUUAUAUUUCUGUCACAAGAAAUUUUUUUCUGAAUAACGUCGAAUCGGUUAAGGAACAGGCAUGUGCAAGCUUGUUUCAGAGGGCUGUUGAGCUUGUUACUGGGUCUAAAAUCUGAUCUGUUACCAGAGACUGCUUGCUAGGGUGAGCUUGGCUUGCUGUCUCGUGCGUUAUCUGAUGUGUCUGGGUGGGGCCUUAGAGUUUGAUAUGGUUAGGAUUAAACACACAAUCUCAGGAACAGCCAUAAAAAAACCUACUCUUAAAACUAAAGAAGCACACUUUGAAAGAAAGUACAAAACUGGAGUUUGUUCUUGCAGAGGAAUGUCUUUGCCAGGGAAAGUUGUUGAUUAUGAGUCAAUAAAACUCUGAGUC